UUGCGUUCACUACCAGGGAACACAACCUGCAUUGAUUGCGGCGCGCCGAAUCCGGACUGGGCUAGUCUAUCCUACGGAUCUCUGAUUUGCUUAAUUUGCAGUGGACGACACCGCUCCUAUGGCGUACAAACGUCCUUCGUCCGUUCGGUAGAUAUGGAC